UAUCCCAUUCUUGGAUGUGGUUGCAUGGCUCGAUCUCGCCAUCUUUGCUAUUACAUCAUCGAUAAUAUCUUUGUUUAUUAGGCUAGUUUUCUUGCUGCAAUCCUGGAGACCUUGAAUGAUAGCGACUGUGAUUGGGACUGGUCGAGUGAGCGAUGUCCCUUUCUACCCGGAUUUCUGCUUGUCGUAUUGUGGUCUCUGGUGUUAUUGGAGUUGUCCUGUACCCCUUGAUGGUUAAAGUUCACCGUUGGUAGUAGCUUUCUCUUGACAAUAGAUUAACACAAAUCACAAAACAUGGCUAAUCUUAGUUAAUGAGUUAUUACUCCUAGCUAGAGUGGUCUGUAAUGGAGUACUUGUAGUAGCUACCCAGUCAGUAGUAGCUUUUGGGGUUUGGAUUUGACUACUCAUCCUGCUCACCCUUAUUCUCUGCUUGUCUUCUUGGUCUGCCUGGGAUUCCCUUCUCUGAACUUCUCCCCAUGCCUGCAUGGCUGCAUCCUCAGUUGCCCCCUUCACGUGCACUAGUUUCUUUAUCAGUUAAGCACGUUCUGUAGGAACAUCUGGUGUCAUUAUCAUAUCAUAAUACUAAUCAUAAACUAAUAUGUUUGGAAUAAGAUUUUACUUGUAGCGAGGGGAACGAAUACUACAAGCCACUAGUAGUAGUAGAAUACUAGCAUCAGACGGUCGCCAUCACUAAUCUAUCCACUAAAAUGCAGCAUCACGCCCAGCUUUCCACAGUACUAGAAGUUCGCAACACAACAGCUAGCUUAUGGGUCUUUAUGAUGGCUUUGUGCAUAAGUUUAAGCCGAAAGGAGAUCGCUCCCAGGUUAUACACAUCUUUAGCCAUUGGCACCAGCCUUUGUGGGGCCUCCUUGUCUGCCUCUUUUCUCCUCAAACUAUGAUCACUCCCUACUCCAUGUAUGCAUCAGCAACUGGUUGGUGCCAAUGGCUUAGGUCAUGAACUUUUGACCGUUGCAGUGGGGGUUCGGUGUUAAUCAUGAGGCUAACCCCACGGUAAUAACUCGGUAAUUAUAGUCACGGAUGACUGGGUGAUUGUCCUGUGCCCUUGUCAGCACUCAGCACCCUGUGCCGAGUGUGCGAGAGAGUCCGGUCAGUCUCUCCUUUGACUGGUUGGUGACGGUUGUUUUCCCGGGACCACCUGGCAGUGUCACUGCUAGUAUUAAUGGAGUCACGUCUCCUAGCUUGUGCGGCCCAGCUGGUUGUCGCAUUGGAGGUUUUGCCUUGCCUGCGCAGAGGCAGCAGCAGAGGGCGGUGCAGCGUGCAGGACUGGACUGAACUGUGCUUCGCUCGCUGUGGCCAUCCGCAUGAAAAGCCCGGGAUUUUGCGCUGCGUCGUGGUGGUGGUGGCUCCUGUUUCCAACGUAUUUCCCCCGUACCAAGUUGCCUUGUGCUUUACAGCUAGCUUGGUGUACUCCCAACAUCCCCCAUGCCCAUUUUUCUGUAGGGAAAUCGAUGUGCUGCUGUAUUUGUCCAACUGUUCUUUUUCUUGUUGCUACUAGUAGUUGUACGAGUUAGGGGGUGUUUGGGAGAGAGAGGGUAAACUUUAGCCCCUCUCUCAACAACUUACUUCCUCCGUUCCAAAAAUUCCUCCGUUCUUAAAAAAAAACCCUGUGUCCAGAUUCAAAUUCAGGAGUGGUUUUUUUCGGAGGAAUAAGUCUCUCGGGGAGGGACUGUUUUUGAGAGAGGGGCGUACAUCGGCGUCAACAUUGGCACGGCCAUGACGUCGGUACCGGCGCCGACACAGAUCACGACGCUGCUCCGCUCGCAGAACAUCCGCCACGUGCGGCUGUACGACGCCGACCCGGCGAUGCUCGCGGCGCUCGCCAACACCGGCAUCCGCGUCAUCGUCUCCGUGCCGAACGAGCAGCUCCUCGCCAUCGGCAACUCCAACGCCACGGCGGCCAACUGGGUGGCGCGCAACGUGGCCGCGCACUACCCUUCCGUGAACAUCACGGCCAUCGCGGUCGGCUCCGAGGUGCUCUCCACGCUGCCCAACGCGGCGCCGCUCCUCAUGCCGGCCAUCCGCUACCUCCAGAACGCGCUGGUGGCCGCGGCGCUCGACCGGUACAUCAAGAUCUCGACGCCGCACUCCUCGUCCAUCAUCCUCGACUCGUUCCCGCCGUCGCAGGCCUUCUUCAACCGCUCCCUGGACCCGGUGCUGGUGCCGCUGCUCAAGUUCUUGCAGUCCACGGGCUCGCCGCUGAUGCUCAACGUGUACCCGUACUACGACUACAUGCGCUCCAACGGCGUCAUCCCGCUGGACUACGCGCUGUUCCGGCCGCUGCCGCCGAACAAGGAGGCGGUGGACGCCAACACCCUGCUGCACUACACCAACGUGUUCGACGCGGUCGUGGACGCUGCCUACUUCGCCAUGGCGUACCUCAACGUCACCAACGUGCCGGUGAUGGUGACGGAGACCGGGUGGCCGCACAAGGGCGACCCGUCCAACGAGCCCGACGCCACCUCCGACAACGCCGACACCUACAACAGUAACCUCAUCCGGCACGUGAUGAACACCACCGGCACGCCGAAGCACCCCGGCGUCGCCGUGCCGACGUACAUCUACGAGCUCUACGACGAGGACACCCGCCCCGGCUCGACGUCGGAGAAGUACUGGGGCCUGUUCGACAUGAACGGCAUCCCGGCGUACACCCUGCACCUGACAGGCUCCGGCGUGCUGCUCGCCAACGACACGACGAACCAGACCUACUGCGUGGCGCGGGAGGGCGCUGACGAGAAGAUGCUGCAGGCGGCGCUCGACUGGGCUUGCGGCCCGGGCAAGGUGGACUGCUCCGCGCUGAUGCAGGGGCAGCCGUGCUACGACCCGGACAACGUCGAGGCGCACGCCACCUACGCCUUCAACGCCUACUACCAUGGCAUGGGCAUGGGCUCCGGGACGUGCUACUUCAGCGGUGUCGCCGUGAUCACCACCACCGAUCCCAGCCACGGGUCUUGCGUUUACGCUGGAAGUGGUGGGAAGAACGGGACGUCGUUGCUGAACGGCACAUCGCUGGCGCCGUCGUCGAACUCCACGGCGGGGGACUCCGGCGCGCACCGGGCGAUCGGGGACGUCUCGUCGUUCGUCCGCGCCGUCGUCGCGGCGCUGCUGUUGAGCGUCGUCCUCCUGUUGUAGGCAGUGAGACGAGAGUGGUUAGUUUAGUAGGCAAGGCAGCAGAGUCCGUAGGAAUUCAUGGGGGGAUUCUUUUUUUGGUGUCGAGUGGGAUUGGCCUCGGUGUUAUGGGUGGGUGGUGAUCAUUGAGAACGAACAAGAUGAUGUGCCUGUGUUCAUCUGUUGCUCUAAGAUGUUGUCUGGGAACUUGGUAUUGGGUGGUACGUUGCCUGGAAAAGGAAAUUGGUACUAGGUUGUAUUUGCAGAA